AACACUGCUGCGUGUACUUUAAAUGUUGAGAGGGAGAUCGUUAAGGCCCAAGGAAACGUCCAAGGGAUACUUGCCCGUGCCUGCUACGUUCAACAACUUCGUGAAGUUCAAGAAAUCCAAAUGGUCUCUUUGGAUAACCACUUUGGUGGUGAUUUUCUUAUGGUUUAAUCCACUUGGAAUUCCCAUGAAUUUCAUGCAAAAAAAAUACCACAGGCGGUAUCCAGCUCCACAUCCGUUCACAAGCCCUAACAUGGUUACAACGUCGUCGAAGUACAUCUUUCCUCCAGUCGAGCACGCCCAGUUGUUGCAAGAAUUAGGUAGAAAGAAGUUGGUUGAGGAAUCAAGGGUCAGAAGCGCCGACCAUCCUGAAAUCGACGUCAGUAUCAUUAGGUCGUUGAAUAAGUAUGAUGACCCAAACCCCUCUGUUCAGCUUGCCAAAGAAAAGGAAGAAAAUGCAGUUCUGGGGCUUUCUGCCGCCAGAAAUACCUUUAAGAAUGGUGACAAGAUUGUUUACAAGCCCAAAUCGAUGAAAAAUUAUCCCGAAAUCAUCGUCGUGACCGCCAUCGAUUUUGAAAAGUACUCAUUGGCAGGCUUGACAUCCAUUGUGCAAAAUAGAAUCGACUACGCCCACCAAAAUAACUACGGGGUGUAUGUGCGGUGGUAUCAGGAAUUCUUACCCAGAAUCAACUCUUUCGCUAACUUUGAUAACGAAGACAAAAGAAAGUGGAUCCGGACCUUUUGUGUACGGGCUGCCAUGUUUGCGUUCCCUCACGCCAAGUGGAUCUGGUAUUUGGACGAAGACGGGUUAAUUAUGGACUUGAAUAUCAACUUGUGGGACUACGUAUUGAAGGAAGAGUCCUUAUCCCCAAUAAUGAUACGAGAACAGCCCAUUAACCCACAGAACGGAAUCAUCAAAACAUACAAGACGUCCAAGGCUUCUCACGUUCGGUUAAUUGUAACACAAUCAGACCAAAAGGUUGAAACAGAAUCGUUUUUGUUGAAGAACGAUGAGGUGGGAAGGUCGAUUCUCGAGUUCUGGUCGUCAGACUUGUUUUUUGACUAUCCUAACUUCCCCUACGGACCCGACUCAGCCUUGACACAUAUCUUGCAAUGGCAUCCGUAUUGCUUGAGUAGAUCUGCUAUCAUUCCUGCCAAAACCAUAGCUGCCAGAGACCCGCGUGCUGUUGGCUUUAGAGGAGACCACUUGACCUACGCCAAAGGUGACUUUGUCGUGACAUGGUCAGGAUGCAAAGGCGAAAACUGUGAAAAGCUUCUAAACUCAUAUGUUAAUCCGGAAUAGAUUCUAUAGAUUUUGGCUUGUAUAUUAUUGCACAAAUAUUUCAAUAUUUCAAAAGUUGUCAAUCGUCAACUGCUGGAAUUUUUCACGAAUGUGGGGAUCAAUAGAUAGACAAGGGAGUUUGUCAUAAGUCAUACUAUUAGUUUUGGGCGUUGGUCGACUGCCAGCCCGAAGUGCCUUGAUGAUGUUCCAAUAGACGAUAUGGUUUUCCAUGAUCUUUGGGCAUUUGUCUUGGUUGACAGUGGGGAUGAUUUGAUCGAUGUUAAGGAAUAAUACAAAGUAAGUGAGCUCUCGGUAUGAAGAGUGUUCACUGUAGGGGAAGGAGUAAAUACGAAGGUCGUUUCGCUUUGAUUGGCCCUUAUUGAAUGCCUUUUUAGCAUCUAUAGGGAUUUGAUAGGAAAAUGGAGUAUCGUUGAAGCAGGUUUCACAUAUUUGCGAUAAGCCAUUGUUUAGGUUUUCAGCAGAAGUAUUGAUUGGAUCGGUUGAUUCAAACUGUUCGAAACGAAAUCCCGUCAGUUCGUCAUAGGCAUGCAGCCAUCCGGUAGGUCGCAAUGCAAUACACCUCUCAAAGUGUUCAUGAUACUUGUUGUGUUUGAAGUAGUUCGAAACGUUUUCUAAAGCCUCCACAACCUCCAUUGAAACAAGAUGAAUAAUGCAGUCAGAACUAUCGUCUCCUAGGUCGUUCUUAAUGAUGUGAUCUUUGAAAUACUCUAUCUCACAGGCAUCCACAACUUCUGCAUGAUUGCCUCGGCUUUUAGCGUUGGAAACGUAUAUGGGACAGUUUAUCUUCUUCAGAAUGGCGAUUGCUAACCUUUCCUUACCAAUAAUAUACUUUCCCACC